UUGAUUGAUUUCACUUGCCGACUGAAUAACAUGUCCAGAUUUGAGCAUAAGUUGUAUUUCCACGUCGCUUUGCUCGCUUUAAUUUUUGUCUUGGCCUCAGGAGGAUGUGUUGAUUUGGACCUUGGAAUAGGAAGUGGAACAAUUCCUGACAAUGAAAUGACUGCUUCUUCAGAGCAAAGUGCAAACACACCAGCCAAGAAUGGUCGCCUUAACUACGCAUCAGGAUCGUCAUGGUGUGCAGGAACAAGUGACACAAACCCAUAUCUACAGAUUGAUCUACAGACACUUCAUAUCAUCUGCGCUGUGUCUACUCAAGGGAAUUCUGAAGGAGAUCAGUGGGUGAAAACCUACACGCUACAAUUAUCCACGGAUGGGACAACUUGGACAGACUACAGUGAAGGUGGACAAGUUAAGUUUCUGAGCGGAAAUGAUAACAGGAACUCAGAAAUGAAGCACGUAGUUUAUGGAGUGUUAACAAGAUAUCUGCGAUUCUUGCCACAAACACACUGGGGUGAGGUGUGUAUGAGAACAGAGGUAUUUGGAGUGAACCGAAAGCCGGCGUGUGUUACUGAGGCCAUUGGACUGGCCAAUUAUGGUGGAGUUCCAGAUAGGAGCUUCUCUGCCUUAUCGCAUUAUGACUCUAGGUACAUACCCUCUCAUGGUCGACUGAAUGGAGAUAUUCGGGGUUGGGCACCCGAGACGAACGCCAAUCCUGAUGACUACCUACAAAUUGACCUCCUGUAUGAGUAUGUUAUCUGUGCUGUUGCUACUCAAGGAGCUAAAAAUAUAGAUGAGUGGACAACUUGGUACAAGAUUCAGUUAUCUUUGGAUGGAACCACUUUUGUCACCUAUAGAGAAAAUAAUAGAGACAGGAUCUUUCGUGGGAACUCAAAUAACUAUGGCAUUAAGAAAAACAAUCUUCAGGACUUUGCAAGUGCAAAGUUUAUUCGCUUUCAACCCACAGGAUAUAGUGGCUUUAAAGCCCUGAGAGUGGAAGCUUUUGGAAUGCCUUUAACUAAAGUUCCAUCACAACCUCCUACUGCCUUCAAAUUGAAUGCAAUCUCUUCUACCACCAUAAUAGCUUCCUGGAAGUUACCACAAGUCUUUGCCAGACAUGGAAGAAACAUUACUGGAUUUAAACUGUUCUACAAAAAGAAAGGUUCAGUGCGGUUACCAACCACCUUGCUUAUUAGCAGUGGAUCCGCGUCAAGUAGGAAUUUUACCGGGCUCGAGAAGUACACCGAAUAUGAAUUUCAAAUCUUGGCUUUUACGUCUGAUGGGGAUGGACCAAAGACCCCUGUUAAGGUGGAGAGAACAAAGGAAGAUGUUCCAUCACAAGCUCCGAACAGCUUCAUUGUUACUGGAGUUAGUUCUACAAUUAUCCAAGCAUCCUGGCAGUUGCCACCAGCAGACUCCAGACAUGGAAUAAUUAGAGGUUUCAAAUUGUUCUACAAAAAGAGAUGCUCUACAGGAUCAACAACCACCUUGCCCAUCAAUAUUGGAUCAAUAUUAAGUACAGACGUCACUGGGCUUGAAAACAACACAGAAUAUGAAUUUCAAGUGUUGGCCUUUACUUCAGCCGGCGAUGGACCGAUGAGUUCUCCCGUACUGGUGAAAACCUUGCGACAUGGUUGUGUUGAGUUUUACCUUGGAUUGGAAAAUGGAGAAAUUCCUGACAAUAAAAUAAAUGCUUCUUCCGGACGAAGUUCCAACACGCCAGCCAAGAAUGAUCGACUGAACUACACACCCGGAUCAUUAUGGUGCGCAAGAACAAAUGACACUAACCCAUAUCUACAGAUUGAUCUACAGACACUUCAUAUCAUCUGUGCUGUGUCUACACAAGAGAAUUCUCAAGGAGAUCAGUGGGUGAGGAACUACAAACUACAAUUAUCAAUAGAUGGUGAGAAUUGGACAGACUAUAAGGAAGGCGGAAAAGUAAAGGUUUUACAAGGAAACAAUGAUGGAAACUCAAGUGUUAAGCAUUUUGUUUAUGGAGUGUUAACAAGAUAUUUGCGAUUCCUGCCACAAAGUCACCAGGGCAGGGUGUGUAUGAGAACAGAGGCGUUUGGAGUAAAAGGAAAGCCAAGUACCUAUAGCAUCUUCCCUGCUUGUGUCAUCGCAUUGUCUUGCCUUGUGGUUGUGUUGCUCAUUAUAAUUUGUGGACUGAUAUUGCAUCGGAGACGAGCUGUUCCUAGUGAAGGCGAAAAGCCUAAAAAGGAAGUUGGCUUUGAUGGCUUCGACCGCUCAUUUGAUAAACAGCGGAGUGAUCAACUUGCUUCACAUCCUUGUUCCUAUACGGGACUCACACCCACGCCUCCGAACGAACAGUAUGAUAUACCUUAUAAGGACGAGUUCUUUGAGGAGGAAGGGGGGACCGCUGCCUAUUACAAUGUGCCAAUUCAAAAAGAAAGCAAUGAGAAACAAAAUGAAGACGUUUAUGAGGAUAUAGAAACGGUACUUCGAUGCAUGACAGACCUUAGUGACCCUGUUCUUGACUCGCUGAACGAGCAACUUGGCGACGAAAUGCAUUCGUCGGAUGAAGCCGGUUGCUAUCACAACAGCUCUCUAGUAACCGCUGUGAGAGAUGUCGCAAAAGAAGUUGGGGUUGAAGUUCAUAGUUAUCACUACUCGGAGCCGCAGUCUGGUAAAGACAUUUGCGAUCGUAUCCUCUGUCCAAUGAAGUCCUCUAUUCGUGCUUACUGCAACGAAGGGCACGAUAUUCUAACUGCCGUGGACAUGCGAGAUGCAUUGACGCAACACCCAGUGAAAGGAAACAACAGCUGCAGAAUAUGUGUUGAUUUGGAUCUUGGAGUGGGAAAUGGAACAAUUCCUGACAAUGAAAUAACUGCUUCUUCAGAGCAAAGUGCCAACACACCAGCCAAGAAUGGUCGACUGAACUACUCAUCAGGAUCAUCAUGGUGUGCAGGAACAAGUGACACCAACCCAUAUCUACAAAUUGACCUACAGACACUUUAUAUCAUCUGCGCUGUGUCCACUCAAGGGAAUUCUCAAGGAGAUCAUUGGGUGAAGAACUACAAACUACAAUUAUCAAUAGAUGGUGAGAAUUGGACGGACUAUAAGGAAGGCGGAAAAGUUAAGGUUUUACAAGGAAAUAAUGAUGGAAACUCAAGUGUUAAGCAUGUUGUUUAUGGAGUGUUAUCAAGAUAUUUGCGUUUCCUGCCACAAAAUCACCAGGGCAGGGUGUGUAUGAGAACAGAGGUGUUUGGAGCGAAACAAAAACCAAGUACAUAUAGCAUCUUCCUUGCUUGUGCCAUUGCAUUGUCUUGCAUUGUGGUUGUGUUGCUCAUUAUAAUUUGUGGACUGAUAUGGCAUCGGAGACGAGCUGUUCCUAGUGAAAGCAAAAAGCCUGAAGAGGAAGCUGGCGUCGAUGGCUUCGACCGCUCACGUGAUAAACAGCAACGUGAUCAACUUGCUUCAGAUCCUUGUUCAUAUGCGGAACCUAAACCCACGCCUCCGAACGGACAGUGUCAUGUACCUAAUGAGUACGAGUCCUUUGAGGAGGAAGCAGGGACCGCUGCCUAUUACAAUGUGACAAUUCACGAAGAAAGCAAUGAGAAACAAAAUGAAGAAGUUUAUGAGGAAAUAAGGGCCUGUGUUGAUUUAGAUCUUGGAAUGGGAAGUGGAGCAAUCUCAGACAGUGAGAUAGCUGCCUCCUCUGAACAGAGUGCCAACACACCAGCCAGGAAUGGUCGAUUGAACUUUACAUCAGGGUCAUCAUGGUGCGCAGGAACAAAUGACACUAACCCAUACCUACAGAUUGAUCUAAGGACACUUCAUAUCAUCUGUGCUGUGUCCACCCAAGGGAAUUCUCAAGCAGAUCAGUGGGUGAAGACCUACACCCUACAAUUAUCCACAGAUGGGAUAACUUGGACAGACUAUAAAGAAUUAGGUGGACAGGCUAAGGCUUUAGAGGGAAAUAAGGAUAGAAACUCAAAUGUCAAACACGUUCUAUAUGGAGUGUUAACAAGAUAUUUGCGAUUCCUACCGCAAACACACCAGGCUGAGGUGUGUAUGAGAACAGAGGUGUUUGGAGUGCAACAGAAACCAACAUGUGAUUCACAGGCAAUUGGUUUGGCCAGCGGUGGUAGAAUUCCAGAUGACAGCUUCUCAGCCAGUUCAAUAUUUGCCCCCAAAUAUGCAGCUAAACAUGGUCGUCUUAAUGGAAGAGGGGCAUGGGAACCUAAGACUACUACUGAUCCUGAUGACUACCUACAAAUUGACCUUCUCUAUGAGUAUGUUAUCUGUGCUGUUGCUACUCAAGGAAAUCCACCAACCCAAUCUGUAGGUGCUCAAGAAUGGACCACAGAGUACAAACUAAGAUUUUCUCUCCAUGGUACUCCUUUUUUCCCUUAUAAAGAAAAUAAAAUUGACAAGGCCUUUCCAGGAAAUUCAGGAAAAACUGACACAGUGAAAAACAGUCUAAAGGAAUUUGCAAGUGCAAAGUUUAUACGCUUUCUGCCAACAAAGUAUAAUAGGUUCAAGGUUCUGAGGGUGGAGGCUUAUGGAAUACUUUUGACUAAAGUUCCAUCAAAACCUCCCACUGCCUUCCAGUUGACUGCGAGCUCUUCUGCCAGCAUCACAGCUUCUUGGCAGUUACCACCAGUCUUUGCCAGACAUGGAAACAUUGCAGGGUUUAAAUUGUUUUACAAAAAGAAAGGUUCUGCUGGGUCAGCAACAACCUUGACUAUUAGCGAUGGAGCAACAUUAAAUAGAACUGUCAGUGGGCUUAAUAAGUACACAGAAUAUGAAUUUCAAGUUUUGGCCUUCACUUCUGAUGGUGAUGGACCAAAAAGUUUAGUGAAAGUGAAAAGAACAAUGGAAGAUGCUCCUUCACAACCUCCAUCUAACUUCAAUGUCACUCCAACCUCCUCUACUGGUUUAACAGCAUCAUGGCAACUACCACCAGCAAACUCCAGGAAUGGAAUAAUUAAAGGAUUCAAAUUGUUUUACAAAAGGAAAGACUCGUCAGGCUCAGGCACCAUUCUUUUUAUCGACAGUGAAUCAGCUUUAAACAAAAAUGUCAAUGGGCUUUAUGAGUACACAGAGUAUGAAUUUCAAGUGUUGGCCUUUACUUCUGCUGGUGAUGGCGUAAACAGCUCUGUUGUUGUUGAGAGAACAAAAGAAGAUGUUCCUUCACUGCCGCCUAGUGGCUUUACUCUAGCUGCAAACACUUCUACAAGUAUUACAGCAUCCUGGCAGUUACCACCAAAAGACUCCAGAAAUGGAAUCAUCACAGGAUAUAAAUUGUUCUACAAAAAGAAAGGCUCAUUAGGGCUAGCAAGCAUGCAGCCCAUUAACAGUCAAGCAACUCGCUCUCAAGAGGUCACUAGGCUUGAUAAGUACACAGAAUAUGAAUUUCAAAUAUUGGCAUUCACUUCUGUUGGGGAUGGACCAAAAAGUACAGUUGUUUAUGAGAAAACAAAGGAGGCGGAGCCCAGUCAUGGACCAGAAGAUAUAUCUUCCUCUGCAGUGAGCUCCGCAAAAUUCAAUAUAACUUGGCGUGGACUGUCAAGAGAAGUAGCCAAUGGCAUUAUCAUAAACUACGAAGUUAGGCUCAGUGUAGUAGAAAACUGUACAGCGAUCAAGUCUUCCUAUAAUUCAACCAUUAACGCGACCACCACUUAUGUUAUCGUGACUGGAAUCUCUUUGUGUGCCAAGUAUGAGGUGUCUGUUAGAGGAUACACUGUUGUGGGGCCUGGACCCUACAGCAACCCUGUAAUGGUGCAGACAUUGGCUGCGGUUUGGUCUAAAGAAACGCCAUCUUCACCUACGUUUUCUGCAAAAUCAAAUGAAGGAGGAAUUUCAGUUAAAGUCACGCUUCCCCAUUUUCCUGGAAAUGCAAGGUUUUUCCAAGUUAUCAUCAUUACAUAUAGCUCAAACUAUACUGGUGCUGUAAACCCACCGGAAAGAUUUACAACACAAGACAUGAUGACGUAUGAAAAAGCGCACAAAUCUGCAGUUCCUGCUGCUUAUGUCGCUUUUCAGUUUAACGGAAGUGACUUUGAUAAAAAUCGAGAAUUUGUUGUAGGAGACGAAACGGAAUCCAGCAGUAAAGAAAGGAAUAAGAGAAGUAGUGGUGAUCACUUUUAUUACAACAAACCUCUGCAGCUGAAUACAAACUACAAAGUGUUCCUCAGGGCUUUUGUUUCCGAGACGGUUUAUGUCUCCAGUAACUUUAUAGACAUCGACACCAAAGGUAAACCUAUCAUCAAAGGUCUCCCAAAGACAACUGUUACAGAAAUUGGCAAACUGGCAAUGUUGACUUGUGAGGUUAGUGGAGACGCUAAUGCUUCUGUUACCUGGACCAAAGAUGGACUAAGCAGUAUACCUCGCGCUCAGUUCGAGAACAACGAGAAAAUACUUAUUAUAAGGGAUGUUGUUCCUGGUGACAGUGGCGUUUAUGAGUGUAAAGCAAUGAACAUGUUUGGAGAGAGCCGAACUGCUACGAUAGUGAUUGUCGCUGUGCCACCCAGAAUUAUCGAAGAAUUUUCCCCUUCCUCAGUGAUAUGUGAAAAGCAAAGUCCGUGUUUUCUUUCAUGUCAAGCAACAAGUUAUAUUCCGUUUAACUACACUUGGACGAAAGAUGACCAGUUUCCAACUGGUGAUGGCAUCAAGUUCAUGAAUAACAGUAUCAUCGUCACGCCACAGAGUUCACAUGAUUAUGGGGAGUAUGUGUGUCACGCUACAAACAGCUUUGGGUCAACAGAGCUUAAAAUCACUCUGCUUUCUCCUAAGGAAAAUGAAGAUGAUGGCGGUAAAUGCCCUCAAAACGAUACACAAAGCAUCUUCCUUGCUAGUGUAAUGGUGCUGUCUUGUAUUGUGGUCGUGUUGCUCAUUAUAAUUUGUGGGCUGAUAUGGCAGCGGAGACGAGCUGUUCCCAAUAAAAGGACACAGAGUGAAGAAAAAACUGACUUUGAUGGCGUCAAAUCUUCACCUGAUCAACAGCGACGUGAUCAGCACGCUUCAGACCCGGACUUAUAUACGGAACUCAAACUCAGGUCUUCGAACCAAGAGUCUCAUAUUCCUACUGAGCAUCAGUCGUUACAGGAAGAACCCGAGAACCCCGGAUAUUACAAUGUGGUGUUUCAGAAAGAAAAUGGCGAGAAACAAAAUGAAGAAGUGUAUGUGGAAUUAUGCUAAUCUUUCAACUAAUUUUGUAUCCUUCUAGUUCAGAUUGUCCAUCUUGUGUUUUAUGCUAUGCUUAGUUAUAUGUGCAUGUUGAUUUGUUCUGUAUGAUCUAAUGGAGGACAGACGCAUAGAUGGCGUCACCAUUUAACAAUAUCUUGCUUCUUCAUUGUAAAUACAAAGAGAUUCCAUGUUGCCGUGAAUCUGUUCUGUAAUAAGUCACAGAAGACGUCAAAAUGUGCUAAAAAGAACAGUGCCAGACUCGACUGCGCUUCGUGUGCCACACUUAAGUUCUUACCACAUUUUGACGUCAUACAUAACAGAACAGACACACGCCUACAUGGAAUCUAAUUGGUAAUUAGAAACGGUACUUCGGUUUGUGAAAGACUUUGUUCUUGUCUCGCUUAAAGAAGCACUUCGUAAUUCGGCAAUGAAAUGCAUACGUUUGAAGUUUUCUCCUCCUCAUUAUCGUCAUGAUCACUCUUACUAUCGCAGUGUCGCAUAGAGUGCGGUUAUCUGAUAUAGCUGUAAGGCAAAUAUACAAGAUACACUGGUAACACUAGCUUACCCAGUAGAUCCUGUUUGCGAAUUUAUUCUGUUUACUACAAGAACAGACAUGACCUUUGUUAGUUUGUGAUCAAGGCAGUUUUGAAGUAAGGCCUUAAAGACUUCUUCAACGCGCAAUAACCUUUGAUUUGGUCCAUUUAAAAUUAAUUUCUUAUAUCUGUCUUAUAUUUUACAUGUAUCUGUAUAAUUGUAUCUUUUACUAUUGGUGUGAAAUUUCAUAAGAUGGAAUCGCGUAUAGCCAGAUCUGAACAUUUAGUUAUAACCUCGAAUGAGAAGUAAAUGAAAUUCAUAACUUUGGGCGAGGUCCCCAAACUAAACGAAACCUCAUAGGAGACAGUGGCACAUGCAUAAAAACUUACUUUUCUAAAUGAAU